AUCCCCAUUGAUUGAACUUGUUGGUCUUAACGCGAUUUGCUGCUCGGAGUGUAAAGAAGCCCGAGACAUGCAACCCACAGAACGCUGCCAUAACCGAGCGGAAUAUUCCCCAUCAUUGAUGGCGCCAACCUAUGCUGGCUUUCACUGCUAUAUGUGUCUUUACGAGAGGCACGCUCUUUUCAGAAGACCGUGGCCCUACCCUGAAAGACCAUUAACAGAUUCGCAUCUUAAAAUUUCGGAUAGUUCAAUGCUUGGUAUGCCACACGGUCCUAGACACGGUCCUCUGCAUUAUUGGGUGCCUUCAGCGCACAGCCCAUACCACCCGGAUUGGAGGAGCCCUGUGGGAAACUUUAGCAGUUCAGAAAGAGCGGAACUUUCUCGCGACAAUCAUGGGUGUGCGAAAUCUACCAGUCACGYAUCAGAAACAAGAGGCUCUGCUUCACCACGACGCCACUCAACAGAAUCAAGAAGAUCCGAAGUCAAGAAAAGACGGAAAAGAACGAUUUUUACAUCAGAGCAACUGAAAAGACUGGAAGAUGAAUUCGACAAACACCAAUACCUUGUUGGAGUAGAGAGGCAACAGCUAGCCUCGUCGCUUACUCUCUCAGAAACUCAAGUGAAAAUUUGGUUCCAAAACCGUCGAAUCAAAUGGCGUAAAGACAAUCUCCAGCAAUACCCAGAUUACAUGGCCGAGUCCUUGCAGGUUCACGAAAGGAACAAAGCGAGUUCCGGUUACUAGUUGAAAGGUGACCCAUCAGAUUGUAUCCAGUACACGGCUACUCUAAUCGCGCUGACCACGUGUGACCGCGCAAGCCAUGCAUGGAUGAGACCAAAUAUAUCGGAUUAGUUUUUCGUUUCGGUAAUUAGAAAGUGUAAUUAAGCGAAUCGAAAAAAAGCCUCACCUGUUGCUGAACUAAACUGAUAUUCAUGUCCAACGCCUAGUCCGCGUUUUGCCUACGUCACUUGCAGUUAGAUUGACAGUUACCUAACGGACUAAAUGACCCAGGCUCGAAACAUUGCCGACCACAAAGUGUAAAAAUCUGCGAUGAAAGGUUCAUUUCAACUUCUCUAAGGCCAUAUUUAUACGCUCCACUCUCAUUUUAUAAGCGAAAACUAGCUUUAUUGAUCAGACAUGCAUUAAUUUAGUCCUUUAUUUUGUCUUUAAAGCAAUGUAAUCAGUUCAGUAUAUAGCAUGUUGUUUUACUCAAAGUGGGCGAGGAGUUUGAGCCAUGCAUUGUUGCAACGGCAGCGCUCACUGUCUCCUCAAAUGUAAUGGAUCCCUCGUUCAGGUUUCUCUACGACAUACCACGUUUUACUCUCUUGUAAUCCUUCCAAUUUGGUUUUUAUGGUUAUCUGUAAAUAAAACCUGACACCUAACUACAAGAUUAGGUGAUAAAGCCAUGCAAACUG